ACCACCAGCAGUUGCCUGCAGACACAGCCAUGGACAGUGGCAAGCAGGAACGCCUGGUCAUCUUCGACUGCGACAUUGGUGCAGACGAUGCCUGGGCCCUGGCCAUGCUCCUGAGAGCGGAGUCGUUGUCCCUGCCCGACGGAAGACGCCACAAAGUGAUUGCCAUCACCUGUGUCCAAGGCAACUCGGAGGUGGAGAACGGUUCACUGAAUGCCUUGAGGGUGCUCAAGUUGCUGGACAGGAUGGAUGUGCCCGUUUUCAAGGGAUGUGCUUUGCCCUUAGUCCCGCGUACUUGGACAAACACCUCGCGCUAUCACGGCAGUGAUGGCUUCAAGGACGUAGGAGACUAUCCGGAGGUGGCCGACUGGCAGGAGCAACUGCAGCGGGAGCAUGCCGUCAAUGCCAUGUAUCGCUUGGUCUGCCAGCAUCCCAAACAAGUGGACUUUCUGUUGUGCGGGCCGCUCACCAACUUUGCCAACUGCAUCAAUCUCUAUGACGACGCCUUUCUGGACAAGAUCGGCGGGGUGUAUAUGAUGGGCGGCAACAUCUACGGCCAGGGCAACAUCACCAAGAGUGCCGAGUUCAAUUUCAUGAUGGAUCCCGAGGCGGCUCAUUCGACUCUCGAGCGGCUGAAGGAGCCAGCCCUAAUCCUGCCCUGGGAGCCGUGCUGCGAUGAUGACUUUACCCCGACGCUCGACUGGCGCCUGAAUGAGCUGGGCGCUGGGAUGCAUCCCUUUGUCGAGCUCCUGACCAGAGUGGAGCGAUCUAUAUUGGUGUCUCGUGGCAUUACAAAGUGGCGGAAUCCCGAUGCCGCACUCACGGCCGCCUAUCUCUUCCCAAAAGCAAUGAUCCUCGACCAGAGCGAGUACUAUGCCGCCGUGGAGCUAGCCGGAGUCCACACUCGUGGUCAACUGGUACUGGACCACCUGCGUGGCCGCAAGAUGGACGCCAUUCACGGGAAGAAGAUCAAUGUGCGUAUUAUCAGACGCCUCAAUCGGGAAGUAUUCCGUACGAUCAUCUCCUGGACGGGUUUCCAUCCACAGGCGAGCGUCGAAGAGCUCUGCAAGCGGGGCCGCCCAGCGAAUAGUCAAGCCAAUUGA